GGAUGGAGAGUACAUUGAAAACAAAUUUUGCGCGACCACGAGUCUUGUGCAUGGAACCGAAUAUCUCCAAAUUUUUCUCGUCAUUUUUGUUGUUGGAAUGAUCACAAGCCCAGCUGCAGAGACUAAACCAGCUUGUCAUUGAGACCAGACUAUUGGCGUUAGGAGGUCGAUCAGAUUAAGAUGAUCCCUGCUAAGAAAGGUUUAAAGCAGGCUCCGGCCAAUACCCCCGGGGUUGUGGAGGUGCCCCACACCAUGCCUGCUGCCAGUGUGACAGUUUAUAGAGGGUUACGGCGCUCAAAAGCCAAAGAAUCAGAGCAGUCAAGGCAGCAAGCAAUUUCCUUGGUAUCCAGCUCUCGUCAUGGCAAUGUACCAGUUUGGCGUGGUCUUCAGAAGAAUCGACAACUUCUUACAAAGGCUCUCGAUGAGGCGUCCACCGUAUCACCUGAAAAAACGAAGGCAUCCUCUGAAAUUGAGGAAAUGUCGUCGUUGUCGGAUUCUUUCGUUGAGCCAACACUGCGUUUUUCGAGAACAAGUCCUACAAGUCCUCUUAUAGUGGCCGUGCCAGUAUCGGAAGAACUUCCCUUGUAUCUUCCCCAAGCCGAGUGGGUAGAUCCAGAUGAGAUGGAACGGCGAAGACUCAGGAAAAAGAAGAAUUGUUGCUAUUGGACAUUCACAAUGCUGUUCCCUAUCUUCCCAAUGCUUCUUGUUCUUGGCUUGGUUAUUCUGAAGAAGCAACAGGGUGAGGUUUCUUCGGCAAGAGCACCUCAAACACCGUCCCCAACAGUUGCCGUUGUUGAGACACCGCCUCCCACAGAGAUUCCAUCAUCAACAGAUGAAUAUGUCCGAUCACUUCUUCCACCCAUCUCCUUGCAAAAAAUUGACGUAGCGCAAAGUCCUCAGAACCAGGCAUUUCGUUGGUUAUUGGAGGAUCCAUUGUUGCCCGACUAUCCUGAUUUGAGGAUCGUCCAGCGAUAUGCUCUCGCAACCAUCUAUUAUGCUUUUGGUGGCAAUGAAACCUGGUUCAACAAUUCGAAUUGGCUUUCGCAUGAUGCGCGUAUACAUGAGUGUGAUUGGUUUUCACAUAUUGUGGACCACGACAACGUGCAGCAUUCAGUGCUGAAUCUUACAGGGAGAGGCCAUGACGCGGAAGUUGUUUUCGAGGCACCGCUUGACAUUUGCCGAACCAUUGAUGACGAUCCAACCGCGGAUCAUUCUUCUGGUGGGGACAAUAGGAAGCGAGUAUACCAAGAACUGUGGCUCCAGACCAAUGGACUAAAGGGAACUGUGCCCGACGAGCUCUACUUGCUAACACACUUGAAAGUCAUCAAUCUUGGUUCCGGAAACGCUGUCCAAGGCACACUGUCCUCAAUGGUUGGAAAUCUGAAAGAAUUGGAGGUAUUAUCAUUUUCUUCUUCUCAGCUGACUUCAACACUGCCUUCAGAACUCGGAUUGGCCCGCAACUUGCGUGUUGUUGUCAUGACAUCAAACCAACUGAGUGGGACAAUUGCAACUGAAAUCUUUGGGCUUUCCCACCUACAGCAUCUAUGGCUAGAAGAGAACAAUUUCCAUGGAACUGUGGCGCCAGACAUUGAACAGCUCUCCAGCCUGGAAACUCUAUACAUGUUCUCUAAUGCCCUUCAAGGCACGUUGCCAAACGAAAUAGGAUCUUUGACCUCACUGAAGGAGCUUUCCUUGCGAAACAACAACUUCCAGGGCCACGUGCCAACCGGGCUUUCCUUAAUGUCCAACAUGACAGUUUUGUUUCUUUCGAACAAUCAGCUGAGUGGAUGGCUGCCAUCAGAGCUCGGAGUGUUGACCAAUAUGAUAGAUUUUCAGAUUAGUGGUAACAGUCUCACGUCAGGAAUCCCGACAGAGUUUGGGUCUCUCACUGGCAUGACCAAUUUGUACCUCUACGACAACAGAUUGAGCAAAUCCAUUCCCAGUGAACUCGGCUUGAUCACUUCUAUGGUGGACUUUGAGCUCCAAGGGAACCGGUUGUCAGGCAGCCUUCCAACUGAGCUGGGUUCACUAACGGCCAUAAAAUGGUUCUGGUUGUUUGGUAACAAACUGAGUGGAAGCAUUCCAAGUGAAUUGCAAAGGGCAACAUCUUUGAUUGAUUUCUCACUCUUUGACAACCACCUUUCCAACAAAAUUCCAAGUGAGCUAUCUAUGCUAAGUGGAUUGGAAUUCCUGUGGCUCCAGCAGAAUCAACUCACUGGCCCGAUACCCAGCCAGCUGGGCUUGUGUUCCUCACUGAAAUCGAUAAAGCUCUCCAACAACUCUUUGACCUCGACUCUUCCGGUCGAGUUGUCGAACAGUUUAGUGACUCUCAACACUCUUGAUCUUCGAUUCAAUCAAGGUCUAAGUGGAUCCGUCCCCACUGCAUUUUGUAAAGUCUCCGACUUUCAUUGCUCCAGGCAGCUGUGUGGUUGUCAUUGUCAUUGCACCAGCCAACUCUACGACAUCAACGACAUGAGCGACAACAACGACAACAACGACAUCGACGACACUGCAAUGGCUCCUCUGGACACAAACAGUACAAGCAUCACAAAGCAGAACAAUGCUUCUUCAGCAUUAUUGCGGAACGUUAGCCAGAGUGUCAAUGAUGACGACGGAGGAGUCCAUCCGCCCGAGACGUUGGAAAACGAAGGAAUUGGACCUUUUGACUCUGAAGAAGCCGAAGACUUCGUGAAUAAUCCUUACGAAGAAGUGCUGGCUGCCGGAUCCAAAACAGGGGUUAUGGAGGGUUUAGAACCCGAUAAGUGGAUCUUCUACUAGCUUUGCAUAGAGCAUCCUUUCAAAUGCACACAGCCUAAGCAGUUAGCUUUUUCUGUGGGAGGCUGCAAAACAUAUCGCCCCAGCCACCUCACUGCCAGUUGUUCGUGCGUGUUGAGUAGAACGAAUUUGCCGCUUGACCAGUACAUUGCGCCCAUGCAGUUGUCGGAAGAUGUAGGCCAAACCAUUCUUGGUCGCUCAAAGCAGGCGCAUAACACAUCCUCAAAACGUACCGUACAUGUACCGGUAGGUGCAACCCGAGCAUAGCUACUACUGCAAGAUUUGGGUUGGACGUCAAAUUUGUCUAUAGAUAUCGUUAGAAAACAAAUGUAACAGUCUCAACUUGAGAAUAAAUGCACCGUAGCAAAUACCAGGUACCUGGUUGUUGACGCUCUGCUUCCCCAUGUACCGGUACGCCACAAUCGAAAUUUCAAUAUGCACUCAAACGAAUUCUUGUAGAUAGAUGAAUAUCAUCCACAGUACUUGUUUGGUUGACUUGCUUGACCAGCUGCUUACUGUUCUCCACUCGAAGCCAACACUUGGUAGGACCAGUAGAUGUCCGCCAUGGCCUUUACAGCUGCCCAUGCCACCUGCUCAUCCGCUUCUUGAUCAUCCUGCGUGAUCAAACCACCGCUACUGACUCCUACAGAUCCACAGCAAGUUCCAUUCAAAAUGAGGGGAACCCCUCCGCUCAUGUGGAGGUAUGGGUAGAGGGAGACCAAGGCCGCCGAUGCGGCAUCUUGAGUUCCAGCACCAGGCCUGCCGGUGGGUCUGCCAAACAUGGAGGCCAUUUUGGCCUUGCCAACGGCCAAGUCAAAGGAUGCCGCCGUACCAAUCAUGUCGGUGUUACGCUUGACUUGAAUGGGGAUCCCGACGGUAUCCGAGAUGCAAAUGGUCACAUCCCACCCAUUGGCCUCAGCUUCGGCCUCGGCUGCAGCCAUGCCAAUGUCCGCCACAACCUGCGUCAAGACAAUGACAGAGGUUUGAAAGGCCUCCGCCACGGGGGAAUUGUUUUUGCUGCUGGCCGACUGUUUGGUGGGAGCCAAAGGCAAGGGUUUGACCCUGGGGGGAUCCAGUUCUUCGCCCUCAUCCGAGAUUGUGAAAUUGUUGUUGUUGGUAUUGUCGUCAUCGUAAUCAAAGGCACCCAAAGCAUCCGAGACUGCGGCAGCCAGUUGUUCCUUGCUCCUAGGUUCUUCAGAUGCGGACGAUUUGCCCUUGCCCAAGCGACGCGCCAUGGCUCCAAAGGGAUUCUUACGACGGCCACUCUUGCCUUUGCCAAAGGUCCUACCAUUCUUACCUCGGUGGUUGUUGUUGUUUCCAUCAUUGCCGGUUGUAUUCGCGCCAUGGUUGCUAGUUUCCUCGUCGACGUCGCCAAUGUAGUCAUUGUCGUCAUCACUAAUGGUGCUAGUGGUGCUAUUGUUGGUACUGUUGAUGGUGCUGUUGUUGCUGUGACUCAUGACGCUGGCUGUCGCAGCAGUCGCCUUGGUACUGGUAGUACUCACGGCAUCUCCGGUGGCAAAGUUGACAAUGGGAGACAACAAGGAGUUCUUGUCGGCGUUUGUGUUGUCCUCCUCUUCCGCAACAUCUUCGGCAGGAGGAUCGGGCGGAUAUUCCGCCGCCAUGGUGUCAUUGUAUCGACCCUUGAAAGAAGACAUGUUGUCCAAUCUCUAUUAGUGGUGGGUGGCAGAGAGAAAGUGAUUUUACAAGACGAGGGGCACGGCGUAAGAAUGGAUCGAGAAAGCCUUUGUUGUGUCACUUGGGGAGCUAUUGUGAACAGACUUACUCGUUUGAUACGAUGCCUGGGA